CCCAGGUUCCCGUCCUUUAACGCGGCCAAAAUGGCGGCGGUGUCGAUAAAGUUUAUAAUUCCCCCGAAAACAUUAUCCACAAACAUCAAAAUGCCGCUAUUUUUAUUUUUAAGACAAUUAAGAUCUAGCCGCAGACGUUCUUCCUCCUAUAUAUCAUGUUGGAGUGGCUUUGCAGUUUUAAAGCGAGGAACCGGUGAUCGGUAUUUGGUGGCAACAAAUUUGGAUUUCUCACGUGGUUUUCUGCGUUAUAAAAGAACUCUUUUUCAAGAUACUGGUCUACUUAGACGACUUGCGGUGCCCAUUAGGCAUUGCAGUAGCAAGGGACAGGAGAAAACAAUCAGAGAACGGCUGGAAAAAGUCAAAGAAUUGAGAGAGGACAUUUUCACGGUUCCCAACCUCCUCUCUGCGUCAAGGAUUAUUGCUGCUCCAUUCCUUGGGUACUUUAUUGUAUCAGAGCAUUACCUCACGUCUGUGCUAAUAUUUGGAUUUGCAGGCAUCACAGAUAUGCUUGAUGGGUACAUAGCAAGAAAUUUCAAGAAUCAGGGAUCAAUGUUUGGUACUGUACUGGACCCCAUGGCUGACAAGAUUCUGAUGAGUGUAUUAACCAUAUCUCUGACAGUUGCUGGUCUCUUGCCAGUCCCUUUGACAGCCCUGAUCAUAAGCAGAGAUGGAUUAUUGAUUGGUGCAUCUUUUUAUUUCCGCUUCAAAUCUCUCCCUCCACCAAAAACAAUUUCUAGAUAUUUUGAUGUCAACUUAGCAACUGUUGAAUUGAGACCAAACUUUCUUGGCAAGGCUAACACUGUGCUUCAGCUUGGCCUGGUUGGCUGUACUUUACUUGCACCUCUGCUUGGGUUUGUUGAUCACCCAUACCUUCAAGGUUACUGGUAUGUUGUUGGUGCUUCUACAAUCAUGUCAUCAAUAAGUUAUCUAUUUGCUUCAAAGACUGCAGUUAGAUAUAUCAGUUAAAACUCUGCAGAAUCAGUGUAAAUAAAAGGAAGUUUUGUCUCAUUUGUGUAUAUACGUCUAUAUAAAAUAAAGGUUUUAUGACAUGAUGGUAUUGUAAUAAAUAAAAAGAUUGCUAUUAUGA